AUGAUCGAUUCAAUGGAAAACACUCAAAUUCGAAUACAAAAUCCACUGCAAGCCGGUCACUCGAUCACCGUGUUUAUCGCUCAAGCCAGUUUCAUUCAAGUCAAGCACAACAAGCAUUCAAUGUGCUCGUUUAAUGCCAUGGGUAAUGCCACAUUCCCGUGUCGAUGUUUUCCGUUUCCACACCCCAACUAUGAACUCAUAAUCAAUGGCGCUAUCAUCUUAAAAAAUUUAACAGUCAUUCAACCGAAUAUUUCCAUACAAUUGCCAAAAGAGCACUCGGUUGCACAUCCGCUAACGUUGCACAAUAUACCAAAAUUGUGUCCGCAGCUCAGCUACGCUCUACACCUACAGUAUCGGUCAACGAUCGUAAUGCCACAACGAGAGCAGCAAUUCAGCACAAUAGAGCGAUUUGUUCUUUCCAGUUCAGCUGUCACCAUUCCUUGUAAUAACUUCUCAGUUCCUGGAUUCUACAGAGUAGUUAUUACGCAAGGAGAAAAUAUUGUUAAGGCGAGUUCUUAUUCUAAGCAAAGAUUCGUAAGGACGCGAAACAGAUUAAUUAGGAAAUUUUUAGACCUAAAUGACACAGCCGUUUAUUUACCGUGUUCACAAUUCGAUAUUAUCUUCGCAAGAUUCUGCUUCGAAAUUGUUUCUGUUCAUCGAAACACUGCCGAACUAUUCGAAUGGGACCGCAAAUGCAUUCUCACCGAAAAUCUGGGCCAAGUAGAUGGAACUUGGGGUGAUUGGAGUGCGUGGACAGAGUGCUCGGUGAGCUGUAAUCGAGGGUUUAGAAGGCGAUAUCGACUGUGUGAUAAGCCGGCACCACGCAGUGGAGGAUCCUUUUGUGAGGGACAAUUCCUAGAGACAGCUCAGUGUGUUCAAGUAGCAUGUCUUGAACUUAUAGCCAUUCUUCAUGGUACCAUUUGCCCAUCAUGGAAAACAAUUUCGGAUAAUUCAUCAUGCGAAUGUGGAUGCAAUAUUCGAGAAAACUCUGGAUCGUUCUAUGCAAAAUCAUGUAGUGAUGAUGCAGAAUGGAUAUUACAUCCACGAGGUGUAUACUUGUUGUUGACCAUAAGACGUUUAUCAAAACGACUCAACGGUACACGUCUUCGAAUUUUUGCUGAUUCAGUGAAAAAUGUGAUAUUGUUCGAUUCGGCUAAGGUGCGCUCCAAAAGAAGUUUAUUGCAACUUUCACCACGAAUGCCGUUAAUAUUCGUGACCUCUUCGAGAAAUGAAACAAAUUUUGUGAGUGGAAUGGAAGUGAUCUAUGAAUGGCUUAAUGAGACAAAAGAAACGGAAAGUCCCUUGGUGGAAGAAGUGAAGUGGAACGAAUGUGGUCCAUUUUGUGAUAUGAGGAUUGUAGUCGGUAUGAUUGCGAUUGCGGUUACUUUAUUCGUAAUACUUCCGUCGAUUGCAUGUGCUAAAUUGACAUUAAUGCGAACAAACCAAAAAUCUCACACACCAAUCGACAUACCUCUUAUGCAUCAAAGACUUGAUUGUGAAAUGCUACGAUCGGGCAACACUGAAUGCACGGUGAUUGCGGUCGACAAAUAUGUCUCGAAGCGAUCCAUUGGAAUUCAGCUUUCGGUAGCAUCAACACCGAGGAUACCUCGGAACGGUGAAUCUUCAUCGCGAGCAACGAAUUCACCUCAUCGAACACUACGUGCCGGUCAUUCAUCGAUGUCAUUCGCUACUGAACCAGAUCUCGAGUAUGAUUACUACGAUGCUACUGUACCAGGAUCGUUGUUUGCACCGAUCAAUUUCCAAUCAGAAAUCGAUAUCGAUCAAAUUAUUGGCUCAUCGGAUAUCGGCGGCAACUGUGACGCACCAAAACAAGACGUUCAUACACAAAUUGACUUACCUUAG